UUAAUUUGUUUCUCGCAGGGCACAGCAAUCUUUACCAACUUGAUGAUAACUCACUCGGGGAGUGGAUAUGUGCUUAGGUUCACUAUCUCUCAACCUACUGGUGUCAACGUACAAGCGAGCCCAACCAUAGAAAUCACACAACGAACCGUGAACGUUGCAUUUACAUCUGGAGUUGGUUCAUUGAUUAAUCACAAUGAUGAUGCUUUGAUGACAAUGCAAUUACAAAACAGCGCAGGUGAUAACCUUCCCAUGGUCGGGUACAAGGGCCAUACAUGGAAAGCCACUGUUGCAUUUGAUGAUCCCAAUCUAUACAAGGGAGCUAAGAUCAGUGGAAUCACAACUUUUACGUUCGAUCCAUCAACAGGAAGUGUUUCAACCGCUGGUCUCAAGAUAUUAAGCACACUAAGUUAUCAUAAAUACAACCUUCUCUUCACUGUGACAACAGAACCUGCACUCUACAACAUAUUUGCUCAAGCUGAACCUAUUCAGUUCAAAUCACCAACUGAUGUUCUUCAUCUUUCAACCACAGUUAUCCGUAAAGCUUCACUUGAAUUGGAGGGCCAGAGUUUCCUGCAAAGAGCUAAAACCACCGUGCCACAAGUUACAACAUUCACAACCUUCAUGCACAACUCGAUGGUCACUCAAUUACCAACAGUCAUGAUAAGUGGACUCACUGCAACUGUUAACUCAGAUGGCAACACUGUUGUUGAGUUUACCAUCAACGCAUACAACGACAGCAUUGCUGACGAGGCAGUGGUCACUUUGAGGGGCAACGCUGGCAAUCUUGGGCUCACAUUUAACGGACACCAACUGACUGUGGUUAACCCCGCUUGUGCCGUGAAGAUUGACGAUAUCUGCUCAACUCAAACCAACAACAUUAUGGUGGAUCCAACAGGAGUUGAAGCGUGGAUUAUAAUUGUUGCGUGCGUCGUGGUGGCCGUGGUGCUUGCUGUUGGAUUCAUUGGAUUCUCUUGUUACAUGAAACGAGCGCACCGUGGCAAAGUUGCUUCAGGAGCUUGCAUGAGUUCCUCACACAGCUCACUUGGAUCCAGUGCUUUCAUCACAGGGUCAUCUGAGAACAGCACACCAGUACCACCAGUAACUCCUGUUAACAUCUAAAGGAGAUUCUAUAACUGACACAGACGGAAACAAAACGGACC